CCCCCUCCCCAGGCUGAUUGGCACUUCUGCGGCGGAUCCUCCGGCGGGCAGCCGGGCCGGCGCGUCACGUGGCCCACGGCGUCCAGGGCGACCAGCCGCGGGCCGCAGGGCAUGGACCUUCAGGCCGCCGGGGCCCAGGCGCAGGGGGCCGCGGAGCCGUCUCGGGGCCCGCCGCUGCCUAGCGCGCGGGGGGCGCCCCCCAGCCCGGAGGCUGGCUUUGCUACAGCUGACCACUCCAGUCAGGAGAGAGAGACUGAGAAGGCUAUGGAUCGACUAGCCCGUGGAGCACAGAGCAUUCCUAAUGACAGUCCUGCCCAGGGUGAGGGCACCCAUUCUGAAGAGGAAGGCUUUGCCAUGGAUGAGGAGGACUCUGAUGGAGAACUGAAUACCUGGGAGCUGUCAGAAGGGACAAACUGUCCACCCAAGGAACAGCCUGGCGAUCUUUUUAAUGAGGACUGGGACUCAGAGUUGAAAGCAGAUCAAGGGAAUCCAUAUGAUGCUGACGACAUCCAGGAGAGCAUUUCUCAAGAGCUUAAACCUUGGGUGUGCUGUGCCCCACAAGGAGACAUGAUCUAUGACCCCAGCUGGCACCAUCCGCCUCCACUGAUACCCUAUUAUUCCAAGAUGGUCUUUGAAACAGGACAGUUUGACGAUGCUGAAGAUUGAGUGUGGAGCUUUCUGCCUUGUAGGUGGGCGGGCCUCCACGUCAAGAUCUCUUUUCCUGUCUUGGAGGUGAAAAGUCAUAUCUGAGAAAAUGUUUGCAGUGACCCCUAGUCUGGGGUACACAGACCAGUGUUCUUUAUUGACAGUGUUCAAUAAGGCCCCGUCAUUCUCGCCAGUCUGUUGUUGUUCUUAAUGGGCUCCUUCUUGAAAUGUGUGUGUGUUUGUGUCAAGAGGAGUUGUGUUCUUUGUAAAUAAAGGUUAAAAAAAGAAA